AUGUCAUACGUUUUGGCAGAAACACCAGCCGGAUAUGCUUUGCUGAAGGCCUCGGAUAAGAAGAUCUACAAAUCUUCAAGUCUUUUGAAAGAUCUUGACAAUGAGAAAAAGGUGCUCAAGCAGUUCAAGAUUGCCGCAUUCUCGAAGUUCGACUCGGCUGCAAAUGCGCUCAAAGAGGCAAUGUCGGUGAAUGAGGGUAAGGUUUCGGAGCAGUUGUCGGAGCUCUUGAACAAGGCCAAGAGUGACAAAAAAACACAUUUGAUCGUUUCGGAGACGAAAUUGGCCAAUGCAAUCAACAAGUUGGGCCUCAACUACUCGGUGAUAUCGGAUGCAGCAACUUUGGACAUCUUCAGAGCCGUGAGAGAGUACCUCCCGGAGCUUUUGCCCGGAAUGACCGACAAAGACGUGUCUACAAUGUCAUUGGGUCUGGCACACUCUAUUGCCAGAUACAAGUUGAAGUUCAGCCCAGAUAAGGUGGACAUGAUGGUUGUGCAGGCCAUUUCGCUAUUGGACGACUUGGACAAGGAGGUCAACACUUACGCGAUGAGAGUUAAGGAGUGGUACGGAUGGCAUUUCCCAGAACUGGCAAAGAUAGUUGUGGAUUCAGUUGCAUACGCCAGAAUCAUCUUGACGAUGGGUUUCCGGACCAAUGCGCACGACACGGAUUUCAGCGAGGUGUUGCCCGAGGAGAUCGAGCAGCAGGUGAAGUCGGCAGCGGAGAUUUCGAUGGGUACGGAGAUCACCGAGGGUGAUUUGCAGAGCAUCCAGGCACUUGCACAGCAAGUUGUUGAUUUUUCCACCUACCGGGAGCAGCUCUCAAACUACCUCAAUGCGAGAAUGAAGGCCAUAGCGCCAAAUCUCACGGCUUUGGUGGGUGAGCUCGUUGGUGCACGUCUUAUUGCACAUGCAGGAUCUCUGGUUUCUUUGGCCAAGGCCCCAGCUUCAACAAUUCAGAUCUUGGGAGCCGAGAAGGCACUUUUCCGUGCUUUGAAGACGAAACACGACACGCCUAAGUACGGAUUGAUCUACCACGCAUCCUUGGUUGGCCAGGCAACCGGUAAGAAUAAGGGAAAGAUCGCCAGAGUGCUUGCAGCAAAGGCUGCUGUGGCUUUGAGGUAUGAUGCACUUUGUGAGGAGAGAGACGAUUCCGGAGACUAUGGUCUUUCUGUGAGGGCCAAGGUGGAGUCCAGAUUGAGUGCACUUGAAGGAAGAGACAUGAGAACAACUUCCAAGAUAUCGACUGACUUCCAGAAGGUUGAAAUAAAGGACUCAAAGCAGUACAAUGCAGAUGCAGACACAGUUGUCAAGACUGAGGUCAAGGAGGAGGAGAAACCAGACGAGGCAGACUCUGAUGACGAGUCGGACUCCGAGGAUGCCAAGCCGGUGAAGGCCGAGAAGAAGAGAAAGAGAGAUGAGGAUGAGGAGGAGACUGAGGUGGAGUCCAAAAAGCAGAAGAAGGAAAAGAAGGUGAAGAAGGAAAAGAAGGAAAAGAAGGAAAAGAAAGAGGAGAAGGAAAAGAAGCAUCAUCACCACCACAAGAAGGACGGAGAAAAGAAGCACAAGGAGCACCACCACAAGCACAAGAAGGACAAGAAAUAG